AUGGUCUCAAUAUCUCCUGAGUUAAUUGAAGAUCAGGUAAAUGAAAUUUUGGCAAAACACAAAAAUGAAAUUCUGAGGCUACGCUACAACUUUGAAUUUGAGCCUAUUUUUGACGAACUUUGUGGACUUUUACCAAAUGCUAACCCGGAAGAUAUUCGCAAGGAACUUGAUAUGCGUAUUCUCCUACUCCUCGGUCUUAAUCAAGUUGUGACCAGAUUUCCUCCUGAGCCUAAUGGGAUUCUUCACAUUGGGCAUGCAAAAGCUAUAAAUAUUGAUUUUGGAACUGCAAAGGCUAAAGGCGGAAUUACUUAUUUACGUCUUGACGAUACAAAUCCUGAAGCUGAAGAUGAGCGUUAUGUAAAUGAAAUAAUUGAAAUGGUUAAAUGGCUUGGCUUUACUCCUUAUAAAAUUACACAUUCUUCUGACUAUUUUGAUCAAUUAUAUGAAUGGGCAUAUGUUCUAAUUAAUAAAGGUUUGGCGUAUGUUUGCCAUCAAGGAAUUGAAGAAAUGCGAGGCUUUGAUCCUCCACCAUCACCUUGGCGUGACAGACCUAUCGAAGAAUCUGUUAAACUUUUUGAAGCAAUGAAGAAUGGAGCUUUUAAUGAAGGAGAAGCAACUCUUAGAUUAAAAUUAACAAUGGAAGAUAGUAAACAAGAUCCGGUUGCCUUUCGUAUAAAAUUUUUGCCUCAUCAUCGAACUAAAGACAAAUGGUUAUUUUUUACAAAUAAAAUAUUUUUAUUUAAUUUUCUUGGCAGGUGUAUUUACCCAACUUAUGAUUAUACUCAUUGUUUAUGUGAUAGUAUAGAGAAAGUAACUCAUUCUCUUUGUACAAAAGAAUUCCAAACAAGAAGGAGUUCCUAUUAUUGGCUUUGUAAUUCUUUAGAUGUUUAUUGCCCAACUCAAUGGGAAUUUUCUCGUUUAAAUCUUUCUUAUACAGUUGUUUCCAAAAGAAAAUUGCUUAAAUUGAUUCAAAGUGGAGUUGUUAGUGAUUGGGACGAUCCUCGGCUUUUUACUCUUACCGCCCUUCGACGUCGCGGCAUCCCUCCAGAAGUUAUCAACAAAUUUGUUGAAAGUUUGGGUGUUACUGUUGCUCAAACUUUAAUUGAUCCAGUUAUGUUAGAUGCUUUUUGUCGUGAUUAUUUAAAUAUAACGGCUCCAAGGACAAUGGCUGUAUUAGAACCUUUAAAAAUAAAAAUUAAAAAUUAUGCUGAACUUGGAUUUCUUCCCGGACAUUCGUUGAAGGUUAAAUAUUUUCCGGCUGAUCCGAACUGUACUGACGAAUGGGAAAUUGCUUUUGACGAACAAAUAUUUAUUGAAAGAAUGGAUUUUAGAGAGGAGGCAGAAAAAAGCUAUCGGCGCCUUACCAUUGGACAGUCAGUUGGUUUGCGUCACAUUAAUUUAAUUAUUCGAGUCGAUAGUAUUGAAAAAGAUGCAACAAAUGGGGAAAUUAAACAAAUUAUUGUUAAUGGUGAAAUGGCAGCUAAUGCUUCUAAUAAACCAAAGGCAUUUAUUCAUUGGGUGGCUAGACCUGUUAAAUGUCAAGUUAGACUUUACGAGAAAUUAUUUUUACACAAAAAUCCAGAAGAUCCUGUUCAAGUUCCUGGUGGAUUCCUAACAGAUAUAAAUACAAAUUCUUUGACUGUUUUGACAGAAUCAUUAGUCGAUGCUAGUAUUGCAAAUAAUGCUAAACCUUAUGAUAGAUUUCAAUUUGAAAGGAAUGGUUUCUUUUGUGUUGAUGCAAAUGAUUUGGCUAAUGGAAAGCUUGUUUUCAAUAGAACAGUUUCUUUACGUGAAGAUGUUGGAAAGAAUGCAUGA